AAUAUUUUUUAAUCAUACCGACUUCUUUCUUUAGCCAACAAAUCCAAGAUCGUGAGAACGACUCACAGAGGCACAGGUGGAUCAGUGCCGACUUGUUUAUGCAAAUCGUGGCAUUAUUAUAAUAUUAUAACCGCAUCAGUAGGACCCACUCGCGGUUCCAUCAAUGGGCUGUCUUCUUCUCCUCAAGAAGAGGAGAGAUCUGAUUCUACUCACGCCUCUCACAGUUGUCAUCGCUCUUCUUCUUCUUCUCCGGGAACACAAUGAUGGACCUAACGAAGCUGAAGCCUCCACAGAUCACUUUUUACUGCUCGGCCUUCUCUGUCUUGAUCACGCUCCAUUUGACGAUACAGCUUGUGUCUCAGCAUCUCUUUCACUGGAAGAACCCCAAGGAACAGAAGGCGAUACUCGUCAUUGUUCUCAUGGCUCCUAUCUACGCUCUUGUUUCCUUUGUUGGUUUGUUAGAUGUCAAAGGAAGUGAAACCUUCUUCCUCUUUCUUGAAUCCAUCAAAGAAUGCUACGAAGCUCUCGUCAUUGCGAAGUUCUUGGCGUUGAUGUAUAGUUACUUGAACAUAUCUAUCAGCAAAAACAUUGUGCCUGAUGGAAUCAAAGGCAGAGAGAUUCACCAUUCUUUCCCAAUGACUCUCUUCCAGCCUCAUGUAGUCCGUCUGGAUCAUCGCACUCUGAAACUCUUGAAAUACUGGACAUGGCAGUUUGUGGUCAUCAGACCCGUGUGCUCUAUCUUGAUGAUUGCUUUACAAAUAGUCGGGUUUUAUCCGUCUUGGUUGAGCUGGACAUUCACUAUCGUUCUCAAUGUCUCGGUUUCUCUGGCCUUGUAUUCACUUGUGAUCUUCUACCAUGUGUUUGCUAAGGAGCUUGCUCCUCAUAACCCACUCGCAAAGUUCCUGUGCAUCAAAGGAAUCGUCUUCUUUUGCUUCUGGCAGGGAAUAGCACUAGACAUACUGGUGGCGAUGGGAGUGAUAAAAUCACACCAUUUCUGGUUGGAGGUGGAACAAAUCCAGGAAGCUAUUCAGAAUGUGUUGGUAUGUGUGGAGAUGGUUAUCUUUGCUGCGGUUCAGAAGCAUGCUUAUCAUGUUGGUCCUUAUAGCGGGGAGACCAAGAAGAAGCUCGAUAAAAAGACAGAAUGAUCUUGGCUUCAUCAGAGCCAUUUUGUAGCAAAUCCGUGGUGAUUUGAUUUGUAAUGGUAUGUUGAGGAGAUAUUAAAUCUCAAAGCUUUUGCUUUUAUGGUGAUGCCAUUCUUCUUUGUAGCAUAUAGUGUUUGGAGACUUGGAACUUUUGUGGAAAGAUACAAUAAUGUUGAGAUAUAAUACUACAAGAUGAAUUUUUUUUUG